UAUGAGGCCAUUGGCACGUCGUAGAUACUUUGCAACCGUGUUCACAAACCCAAUUGCCCUCUGCACAAAGCAAAAAUUGAUCUCCGCCGUACCCCACCUACACCGCCCCGCCGCCGUUCGCUCCAUCUCGAGUCAGUGGAGCUGAUGUUUUCUUGCACUGCCUCGCCCGACGACCUCCGCCGGUAGCAAUUUCAGCUUCAAUCUCCCCACGCAACGAUCCCAUAACACCUGCACUCGUCGCCCUCGCGGGCCUACCCAACCAUGGACGACGGCGGCAGCCAUGCACCUCCCGACCCAGGUCCAAGCGGCGGAGGCGGCUUCAUAUACCUUCCUAGCAUGGGUGUGCAGCAGAACAGCUUCAUUGCGGGUGUGCUCAGCACCAUCGCGAGCAUACAAUAUUUUCUUAUAGUCCGACAUGGAGUGACGACUGGCGGCAAUGGCGUCAUACUGCUGGCGGUCUUGAUGUUGGUCGCCGGAUGGGGCAGUUGGCUACAAUGGUCGCGGUGGAGGGGAGGGAGCUGGAGCUGGCACACACACACCAGGAGGAAGCUCAAGCUAUCAACGAGCGCCUCCACCACCCCUCCAAACGGCGGCUUCCCUGGCAGUCCUCCACCUCACGGCGGAUGGGGUGGAUACCGCCAGUACGGGGCUGGCUCGCCGCCGCCUCCACCGCAAGACGACGAAUCUUCCUUCGACGAAGAAGCUGAGCGGGCCGAAGAGGAGCAGAAACAAGCAGAGGAGAAGGAAAAGCGGCGGCGGAAAGAGAAGAGGAGGAAAAGAAACGGAAAGAGGACGAGGAACGCAAGAAAGCUGAGGAAGCCAAGAAGAAGCAGAAGGAGAGGAGAAGAGAAGAAGAAGCCGAACGCAAGCGCGUUGAAGAGGCAGAGAAGAAGAGAAAAGAAACAGGAAGAGGAGCUUAGGAGGAAACAGAAGAGGAUCUCAAGAAGAAGCUCAAAAGAGCUCAAGGAGGCUGAGGAGGCGGAGGCUAAGCGGAAAGAGGAAGAGGAAGAACGCAGGCGUGCUGAAGAAGCCAAGCUGAAAGGCCAAGGCCGAGCGAAGAAGCCCGAAAAGAAGAAGAAGCUCGACAGCAGCGCGAAGCUGAAGAGCAGGGCUGGCCGAGGAAGAGAGAAAGAAGCAAACGGACGGCAAGAGGAAGCUGAGCGCCAACGCAUCGCCGAAGAGGAACGCAAGGCCGAAGAAGAAGAGCGCAAACUCGCCGAAGAGGCUCGGAUACGAGGUGCCAAAAAGGCUGAAGCAGAGAAGAUUGCAGCCGAAGAGCAGCCGCCAAAGCGAAGGCGAGAGAGCAGAGCAGAAGCUGCUCUUGCCAAAGCAAAGACAGAUGCUGAGCGUGCCGAACGCCUCAAAGCAGCUCGUGAGCGAGCUCAAAAGGAUCGCGAAGCCCGCGAGGCAAAAACUCAAAGCAGAAGCCGAACGCAUCAAGGCCGAAGCUGCCGCCGCUGCAGCCACAGCAGCACUGCCGGACCUCACAGCCCGCCGCUCAACUACCAAGAAGCACACCACCGCCGCAUCCGUCACCUCAACCCACUCUCCCCCAUCAAAGCCACCGUCACACCCAAGAAACCCUACGAACGCCCCACGGCCGCAUCGUAUCUCGGCUCGAAUCCGACGCCGCAUCUUUCGCUCCGCCCGAACUGCCACAGGACUGCCCGUUCCACAGCCACACGCUCGAAUUCUCUUCCGCGUACUCCGAGUUUCUCCGCCUGCGUCGAGAAGUGGACCGUAUGCAAAGCCGACCCGAACAAGAUUGUUAUCAAAGCGGGGUUAUAUUUGUUCAAUGAUCUUUUUCCUAAGCCGGUUUGCGCAGUUGGUGAGCAAUGUGGGCAAAGGUUUUUCAUCGAUGAUGAUGUUAGGGGGAUUCCGCAGCGCGAGUGGGAUGUCAAGGCUUGGACGCUGAAGAUGGUUGAGGUAGACGGGGCAAACAACCCACCAAAAAACCUGCACAUUCUCCGCGCUCGGCCGCGACGCUGA